ACUGACGGACAUACACAUCCGGUUCAGAGGUGGCCCCGGCAGCAGCGAGGGCUGCAGACCGAGCAGGGUGUGCACGUCGCCUGACACCGGUCACCUCCGGGGAUGCUGCUCAUUGCCUCUCUCCAGCGAUGCGUUCAGCUCCUCCUCUUGCCCCUCCACGUUCUCGCCUGCCUGGGCUUCUGGGGCUCCUUCUAUAAGAAAGUCUUCCCACAUGUCAUGGCGAAGGUGUCACCCAUCUACAACCACAAGGUCUACAAGCAGAAACAAGAGCUGUUCAGCAGCUUAAGAAAAUUUGCUGGCCCUCCGGGCCAGCUCGUGUUGCUGGAAAUCGGCACGGGCACUGGCACCAAUUUCCAGUUCUGCCCCGCGGGCUGUCGGCUGACGUGCACCGACCCUAAUCCCAAUUUCAGAAAGUUCCUCCUCAAGAGCCUCUCGGAGAACCAGCACCUUAAGCUUGAACAUUUGGUGGUUGCUUCUGGCGAGGAUCUGCAUCAAAUUCCAGAUGGCACCAUGGACAUGGUGGUGUGCACCUUAGUGCUGUGCUCGGUGACCAACAUCAAGAAAGUCCUGAUGGAGGUUUUGCGAGUGCUCAGGCCGAGUGGAGCUUUCUACUUCUUGGAGCAUGUGGCUGCAGAUCAUUCCAGCUGGACCUACUUUUGGCAAAAGGUCUGCGACCCAGUCUGGCAGUAUUUUGGAGAUGGGUGUUCCUUGAGCAGAGAGACAGAGAAGGAGCUGGAGAAAACUAAUUUCUCAGAACUGAAUCUGAGGCGCAUUCAUGUCACGCCUUACUGGAUUCCUAGUAGUCCUCAUAUCAUUGGGUAUGCAGUAAAAUAAAUGACCAUGAGCGCUGCGGGACACA